AUGUCUUCUUCACCUUCUGGAAGUACCGUUUCCUUAUGCGAAAGGUUUGGUAUUAGACCCUUAAAUUGCCGAAAUAUUUUAUAUUAUUAUUUACCCGCCCAGGGGGUAAUAAGUUACACUGCACUUUCAAUAAAUGUAAUGAACCCAUCCUUGGUUUUCAGAAUAUUUUCAAAAAGAGAUGUUACUAAUAUACUAUUGGGACAAACACUUUUAGGUUCUGGUCUAUAUUUAUAUAACCGACCACAUUUAAAAGCUUUACCCACAAAAGAGAAAAUACUAUACAGCUCAUUUGGCGCUGUCACCUUCUCUUUAGGAUCCGUUUUGGUGUGGGCAAUCUUCAGAAGUGUGGUCCCCCAAAAUGUAGCUUUGGGGACAGUCUGCGGUAUUGGAUCUGGUAUUGCACUGAUCAAAAUUGCAAGAAGUUAUGUAGAACAUGUAGACUCUCUUGUAACAGAAAAAGCUUAA